CGGUGACUCCACUCCGUGUAUUGCGAUUGACCUUCAUUCGGCGAAGCCCCCGUCAGUCCGCGGAGCUCCACAGUUCAGUCAGCUUUGGUCGGACAGUCACCGGAGAAGCUGCCCCUCGCGGAGCUCACACUUCGUGCACUGUCUCCGUACAGUCGUAUGUCAAGACGGACAGGCGGCUUUCCCCCGUUUUCAUCACCUGCGGAAAGCCAAUGAAGUUUGAUCGCGUCGUGGUGUUUUCAUAAAUCUUCGGGACUAUUUUGAAUUCGCCGAUCCUGCUGGACGUUCCAGUGCCAGGGGUCAGCGAUGAGAUGGUGAAGCAGGACACGCCGUGCCGCAGUGGGAUCCGCCAGCUCUCUGAUUCGGUGGAGGGGCGUUAGGGCGUGGCCGCCAUGGCGAAGAGCGCGGAGGUGAAGCUGGCUGUGUUCGGCAGAGCCGGGGUGGGGAAAUCAGCUCUUGUGGUGCGUUUUCUGACCAAGCGUUUCAUCUGGGAAUAUGACCCCACUCUCGAGUCAACCUAUCGCCAUCAAGCAAACAUCGAUGAUGAAGUUGUUAGCAUGGAGAUUUUAGACACAGCUGGUCAGGAGGACAUGCUGCAGAGGGAGGGCCACAUGCGCUGGGGGGACGGCUUUGUCAUCGUCUACGACAUCACUGACCGGGGGAGCUUCGAGGACGUGGCGCCGCUGAAGAGCCUCCUGGAGGAGGUGAAGAAGCCCAAGAACGUGACGCUGGUGCUGGUGGGCAACAAGGCGGACCUGGAGCACGCGCGGCAGGUGAGCACGGAGGAGGGCGAGCGGCUGGCAGCCGAGCUCUCCUGCGCCUUCUACGAGUGCUCGGCCUGCACGGGCGAGGGCUGCGUCAGCGAGCCCUUCCACGAGCUGUGCCGUGAGGUGCGCCGCCGGCGGGCGGUGCAGGGCAAGGCCCGCCGCCGCAGCUCCACCACCCACGUCAAGCAGGCCAUCAACAAGAUGCUCACCAAGAUCAGCAGCUAGGGGGCGCCACUCAACAAACUGAACAAAAGAAAAAAAAAAACUAAACUAAAAACUCACAGAGCACAAAUGAGAUCACAUUAUGGAUCAAGGAGACAUUUAGAGGACACUGUCCGUCCUGGGUUGGAGAUUAUUUUGAUUUGGGGGUGAUGUGGAAGAGAAGACAUUUGUUCUCAUGGAAGAUUUUUACGAACAAGAAACAAUGUUGGCUCUAUCUUGGAUGGAUGGCUCCAGAGAUUCUCAAAAGGCUGGACGCUGAAACGUGGGGGAUGUCGGCUUUGUUGUGUUUUAUUUGUAGAUACCACUAAAAAGUACCUGCCUGUCGAUACUCAUCAUCCAACUCUGAGGGAUCCUGGGAAAUUGAGUCUUCCUUCCAGAGUGAUGGCGUGUCCCAGGAUUUUGAAAUUUUAGCUUCACAAUGUCAGCCAUAUGUAUGUAAAAAAACUGAUCCAUUCAAAAAAGGAGAUAACGUGCAUAUAAUGUACAGCAUGACUCUAAACUUAAAUCAUAUGUUCUAAUCAUAAAUUGCAAACAUAUGCUCAUUUUGUUUUGGCUUUGUAACUGUCACUUGUAUGCCACUGUAUGCCAACGUUUGAUUUGCUGUGGGCCACACAUUUAAGUAUAUCUAUUCUUGGAACUGUGUUGAAGCUUUCACAGAAAUAUUAACAAAGUAUGUUUUCAUCACAUCACUGUGAGAUCUGUAGGGUUGCUUUUGGCAUCACUUCAGCAUUGCUGACUUCACAUAACUCCUUUAGAUUGUGGAGCAGGCCGUCAAAUGAACCAUCACCUACCCAUGUUUCACAGUGAUUUCCUGUUUUCAUCAGCUCAAGUCAUUUGCCGUCUUGCCUCACCAUGUGUUUAUUCUAGAGAUUGUUGUGGACACCAUGCUUGUCCUAGGAAGUCAAUAUCGAGAGCAGACCAAAGGAUCACAGGCCAUCUGUAGCUUUUGUGUUUGUACAAAUGCCGCACAUUCUCGCCUUUAGUUGUCUUUAUCCAACUUAUUUACAUUCAGAGGAGUUUCAUCCAGUGUUCCUGAAAUUGUAAAGUAUGUAUGAUAUUGCCUUAAUCACUGAAUGGAAUGUUUUGUCCCUAUGUAUGUAGACUCAGAUUGUCCUUGUAAUAGAGGCAGAAAGAGCAAUUUCCCACAUGCCUGUAUUGUAAUCUAAUGGUAGCUUUCCUUCUUGCAUUGUAUAUUAUGGGUUCCUGGCCUUAAAGAACAAAUGCAUUCUAAUCAUGUAUGGGAAA